CUUAGUGAGUGUUGACAGGCGUAGCGGUCACGUGAGAGUGAGACUAUAGGCACACCACACAAACCUAGUGCAUUAGAUAUUUACAGUGCCGUGUGUUGUUUAUGUGUCCUUAGUGUGUACAUACCUCAGCGUGUUGUUCAUUAGAAACUGUGUGUGUGUGUGUGUGUGUCACGAAACAAUUAUUGUGCAGUCACGUAGUUCAUGAGCUAUAAGAAGGGUAGAUGAUUUGAUGCGUAACAAUUGUUGAGACACACUAGAUAUCUUUAGGAUACUUUCUUUAAGGAAUUUCUUCGGUUUAUAUACACUAGAUAUCUUAAGGAUAAUUUAUUUCUUGAUUUUAAAUUUAUAGAUGAUGUCUCCUUUGAUUGUACUCCUGCUCGCCGUGUCAUUGCUUGUGGACAGGGCUGAAUGUCAUAGUGAUGGUCAAGGUAUAGAUGGCUCCUGUGCAGAUCUCACACCACAACAUGGCCCAAGUGCAAAGAGCAGUGCGCCACCAUACACCAUCACGUUUAGUCCGACAUCUUAUACUGCUAGUCAAAGUAUUUCAGUCACUCUCAGUGCUUCGAGCUCAAGUUUCAAAGGGUUUAUGAUUCAAGCACGUAAUGCGUCUUCGUGUUCAACAAGUGCCCAGGGCUCAUUCAAUGUUGUAGCCGGCACUACAACAGCUUGCAGUAAUGCAGCUUUGGUACAUUCUUCUAGUAUUUCUAAAACAAAAAUAACAACAAAUUGGAUCGCACCUUCAACAUCAGUUGGCCAUAUCGUUUUCAGAGCUGUCUUUGUGCAAGAGCUAAAUACAUUUUGGACAAAUGUUGUGUCUGGAGUCUUGCAAGAUAGUACUCUGCCUGCACCUUCAGCGGCUGCUCAGUGCUCAGGCACUGUAGCAACGACUCCUACUCAGGCCGGCUCUUUCGCAAAAGAUACUGAAUGUGGCAAGACUAAAGGAUGUUUCUCUUCCUGCGGUAGUUCAGGGUGUACAUUCAGUGUGAUUUGGCAGAAAACAUCCAGCACCUCAGUAACAUACACUCUAAAAGCAGCAUAUCAAAGUUCUUCGGGAUUUUACAUCGCUCUUGGAUUUUCUGGGGACACACAGAUGGGCAGUGACAGUGUCAUUGGCUGUGCUUAUCAAUCCUCUAGUGCAGUAUUGUAUACUGCUGAAAAUGUCGGGAAGACACCAAACCCGUUUUCUGAUUCUCAAAUUUCACUAUCAAGUGGGGACUAUACAAAUGGUGUUUUGACAUGUUCAAUAACUCGACCUAUAAGUGGCAGUGGCAAAAGAUAUGAUCUCAAUCAGGCUUGGACACUUUUAUUUGUUCUUGGAGCUGCUUCUAUAACUAGUGGUGUAGCAUCCAUCCAGUAUCAUAAUCAGGACUUUUUUAUUUCUGAAAGUUCAGUAACUGCUUCGUCUAUUGUUGAUAUUGCACCUCUAGGAAAAGAUGAUGCACUGGUCAAAGCUCAUGGUUGUCUCAUGGUUGUUGCUUGGGUUUUCUUUGCCAGUAUUGGACUUGUUGUGGCCAGGUACUACAAACCAGUUCUAUCUGGAACAAUGUGUUCUCAGAAAAUUUGGUUUCAGGUUCAUCGAUUCAGCAUGGUCCUUGUACUCUGUGUCACAGCUAUUGCUUUUAUCAUCAUUUUUGUGAAGGAAGACGGCAAAUGGAGUGAUUUAGAAGGUGAUGAAACAUACUUACAAGGCCAUCCAAUCAUGGGAGUAAUGGUCAUGAUUCUCACUAUACUCAAUCCUGUGAUGGCAUUGUUUCGUCCCCAUCCUGGCACACCCAAGAGGCCAAUCUUCAACUGGGCUCAUUUCCUGGUAGGAAUAGCAGCUCACAUACUUGGAGUUAUCACCAUUUUCUUUGGGAUCCAGAUCAAAGGGGCGACCACUCCUUAUUAUGCCACAUAUAUUAUGGGGGCAUAUGUUGCCUGGCAAUUGUUUGUCAAACUGUUGUUGGAAAUAAUAACUAGAGUUAAGUUUAACACAAAAGAAAAUACAGACAGCUAUGAGAUGAACAACAAAGAUAAUUCAAGCCCUAAUCAGUCAGACAGCAAUGGAAAGAAGAAAGCAUUACUAAAAAAGAUCAUCUUUGUCAUCCAUUGUGUGGUGAUUGCUGGUCUCUCUGCUGCCAUAGUGGCUGUGAUUGGUGUUGGCACUGGAGGAGGGGAUUAAGAAGGGGCAUUGACUCAUGACAUUUUAAAAACACAUUGUAUUGCUGUUAGUAUUCAUAAAUAACCAUGUUUAGAACAAGUUUGACUGGAAGAAAUUGUGCAGCACUAAAAACAAAUGGAAAUAAAAGAAAAGUUUGUAGAACCAAUACUUCAGCAACGAAAGGCCAUAAGACUGAAAAGUAUUUUUCAUAAUUUCAUAAUUCAUUCUACAGUGUUUGGUUUGUGGCAAAUUUGUGUAAAUAUCUUGGAAAAUUAAAAUGGAAAAGUUUAAUGUUGUUUUUAUCAAAUUUUUAAUACAAUUUUAGAAUGAUAACAAUUUGAGAACAUUAAAGCUGAAAUGAUUUUUUUGUUUGUACUUUUUAAUCAUUAAACUAAUUGACUUUCUUUAAGCUCAACAUGUUAUACCUAAAUAAUUAAAUUGAUUAUUUACUGAAUUUGAUUGUAUUCACAACUAAAAAAUAUAAAACAAUGAUUUGAAUGUAACCAAUCAAAAUGCACUGUUUCACAGUAUAGAAAGUAGGAGUGAUUUGUUUUAUAUUUAUAAUAGUCAUAUUAAAUUGAUUAUAUAUUUUUUUAAAUAUAUUUUAGGAUGAAAAUUUAGAAUCAGGUUAUCUUAGAGAGCAAAGCAUAGCCUGAAUGGUACAAAUGUGCCAAAACUUUUAAAUAUUGUAUGACACCACAGUGUCAGGUAGCCUAAAGUACACACCACAGUGCCAGGCAGCCUUAUCUACCUUGUGACUUGAUAUAGGUUGGUUAAAGAAGUUGAUCUUAGUACUGUAACUUAUCACCCUACUCUAACUAUCCAUUACAGAACUUGACUCCGUUCCAAAAAUGCAGAAACUCAAUUCUAAUUCUUUUAUAGUAAACAUACUUGAGAAAAUUUUGCAAUCAACCAGAACAAAAAAGUGAAAAGUUUUGUAGUAUUUUUUAUUGAAGAGUAUGUCUCUAUAACAUGAAAUUCUUUAACUAAUUAUUUUAUUUUGUUACAAUAUCUGAACUAUCACUAUCUCAGUGUUUACACAUUUUUUUCAUUUAGUGGAUAAGACUAAUGAAAACUAAGGCCCUUUUGUUUUCCAGUAGCAUUACAAAAGAAUUCUGGCCAUUCAAUUUUUUAAUCUGCAGCAGUAUUUUAUUGAAUUGUAUUCAAUUCAGAUAUUUUACUGUAUACAUUUUUUUAUAGCCUAUCUUUUACUUUUACUAUUAAACUGUAUGUAUUUAUGCAUAUAGACUUCAUAAAAUUCUAAAUGCUGCUGUGCGAUCAUAGGCAACAAACAAACUGCACUUGAACACCUAUUUGAGAUAGAAGAUAGAAAGCUAUAAAAUUUUUAAGCAUCAAAGUCACAAAGACCAUAUAAAAGAAGACACUGAUCACAUGCUAUGGCUUUUAAAUCAUUGAACAAAAUCUAACUUACUGUUGUUACAUUUAAUGUUUAAAACUGGGGUAUGAAUGUAUAUUUUGUGACCUAUCACAAAUUCUUUGCUCCCAUUAUAUAUUGUUAUUUGUAAUUAUUGUAUUAUUUUUAUUAUAUAUAUAUAUAUAUAUAUAUUAUAUAUAAUUAAUUUGAAAAGUGUUAUUUUGAAACAAGUGAUAUUUAUGUUUUAAUUUUGUCAGCAUUAUUGCUUAUGACUUAAGAAAGGAAUACUAAAUGCUAUUGAUCAUAUCAAUAUUACUUCAUGUGAAUCAAUGAACACCUAAAGCUAAUGAACAUCUUGUUUGCAAUUUACAUCUUGUUAACAUUCAAAUUUCUACAUAUCUUUUCUUUUUUAAGUGUAUAUAUAUAAAAUUUAAUUAUUUAAUAAUUUAAUUAGCUUCAUUUUUCCAAAGAUUAAAUUGUUUUUCAAGUGUUUUAUGUGAAGUCCAAAAGAGAAAAUUUAUUAAGAACAAGGGGUUUUUUUAACAAUAGCAUGUUUUAUAUAAAAAACAAUGUGAAAAUAGCAUAAUACAAACAUGACUAUUAUUUAUUUGUAAUUUGUAUAUAUUGUUUGUUUCUAAAGGUAAAUAUAGUUUUUGCUAUCAUGACAGUGUAACUAACAAUGAACAAUGUUUUAUUUCUAAAUAAUUCUUUGUUCUUUUUUUUUUCUUAAGACUUCUAAAAUUCAUUUUAUCAUGUCAUUAGCAAUUAACAUUUUACUUAUCAAUAUUCACAGUCCCCUUGACAUUUCAUACCUUAUCUAGGAUGACUUCAUGAAAUGCUCUGUAACAAGAGUUAAAAGAAAUAUCUAUGAAAGGGAAACUUCAAAGCUCCUUAUAGUCACCCUAGGAAGUAUGAGUAUAAUACAAUUUUGGGGCUGAUGUUAUAUAACUCCUUUGAAUAAUGAGGGACCUGAUUGUCUUUACAAAAGCUUUUAUAAUUUCAUUUAUAUCAGAAGAGAUUCAACAAAACUUGUGACAAUAUGUUCAGAGAAACUGAAAAAGCACAAAUUUGUUACAAAAAAACUUUUAAAAAAAGCUAACAAUUUUUUUUGAAGGAAGGGGAUCUUUGGUAAAAGCUGUUAUUACUGAACUUCAGCAGUAAAAAUAAAGAUAAGGGUGGGAUAAAGAAGAUCUAACACACAGUGAUAUAGAUACAAAUAAAUAUGAAUCAGAGAUCAAGAGAUUUAUGCAGACUAAUGGGUACAUAUGACAAUUUUUUUUUAGCUUUUAAUGAAUUAGAUUCUAGCUACAUUAUACUCAUUACUUUUCUUACGGAAGAUGUUAGCUAAGUUUUUCUUUUCAUUAUAUCCAUAGGUUUUUAUGUGCUGGAUUUCAAGCACACUUGUACACAACUAAUGUAAACUUGCACAAUCUUUUAAAUAAUCAGGUUAUAAGAUUCUUUAAAGACAAUCACAGAGAAAUCUUAGGUAUGUUUGUAAAGGGAUGUAAUCCAAAAAUCAAAAUGGUUAAAAAUACCAAAUUUACAACUGUUUUCAUUUUAAGUCAUAAAAAGUCAAGUUCCCCUUUAGACCUUGUGGUCUAUAAGGCAGAUGAUGUAAAGGUCGCCCAUUUCUGUGGCCUACAGUUUACGAGGGUAUCAUUGUGGUCAGCACAACAACCAAAUGCCUUUACUUUUCCCUAAUUAAUGUCAGGUACCCAUUAGAGCUGGGUGGACUCAGAGGCACCCAAAGAUACAGAAAUUAAAAAUCCCAGGAUUUGAACCUUGAACCCUGGUUUAGAAUCCAAGUGCUUUACCAGUUAGCCACCGCACCUCCUAAUUAGGUUAUAACAACAUACAUUUUGACUGACAGUCCUCAUCAUAUGAAAUUGGUUUUUGUCUGAGUGAAACCCAGAUUGUCCAUUGCAGAGAAAUAUAUGCUUGAUACUUGUGUGAUAAUGGCCCUUUGAAUAAUGUAGAAUAGGGGCAAACGUUUUAGUCCAAAUGUGAAACUGUAGUUCUUAAAAGAAUUCAAAUAGUGUAUUGAGAGAAAAUUAAAAAAAAUAUUGAUUAUUAAUAGACUGUUAUAAAA